AUGCCCGUCCUCGUCACCUACGCGACUUGUCGUGGCUCAACCCGAGAAGUGGCCGACCGCAUCGCCCAACGCCUCUAUGAGCAUGGCUUUGCCGUCGACUGCCGACCUGUCGACCAUGUCUUCAGCGUCGAAAACUACUCGGCCGUCAUCCUGGGCAGUGCCGUACACUCGCAGCAUUGGUUAUUGGAUGCGGUCAAAUUCCUCGAUGUCGAAGCCAUGGGCCUUCAGUUGAAACCCUUCUGGGCCUUCAGCAUGGGAAUGGCUCCCGGCGGUGUCCUAGGCUGGAUCGGGGGGAGAUUGGCCAAGAAGGAAAGAAAGAGCAUUGAAGACGGCCUCCGCGCCAAAGUCCCCCAGAUGAAAGACCAUCGGCUUUUUGCAGGAAAGGACGACGGUUCAUCGGUACCUAGUCCCCUUCACAGCGUGUACAAGUGCCUCGGCGGCCGGUUUGGAGAUUUACGUGACUGGAGCGAGAUCGAUGCCUGGGCGGAUGAGAUUGCGAAGCAAUUGCAUGUCGAGACGACCUGA